AAUUCAGCCUUUUCAUGUGUGAGAUCGCCCAAUGGACACAGGUACAUUGCAUUUGUAAUCUCCUCAUCGUCUUAUGGAGUCGGGAUUGACAACACCCUUUGUUGCGCAUAUGGCUGCAUUCCUUUUACAUCCUCUGAUAAAUACGUGCAUCGGGUUUACAAUGAUCAGAGAAAAAAUUCGCUUCAGAUGGCCUGGGGGCCAACUUCGAAAUUAGGCUGCGGAGUAUCACAUUGUCCACUGAUGACACCAGGAUAUAACUCUACUAUUUAUGUGGUUUGUCACUACAGCGAUGGAGGAAAUUAUAAAGGAGAGCUCAUCUAUGAUUCCGGCAUUGGAUGUAAUGGAGAUUUAGAUUGUAACGCAUUCCGCGGAUCGAAAUGUGAACCUGGAACCAAUCUGUGCAUUGCACCGUUAGCUAUCUGA